AUGGAAGCCAUAGCUCGCAGUAGGGGCGGAAGUAGAGCAAGCGGACAGUUUGGGGUGGCUGAGAAAGAAAAGGAUAAAGAAGUUGAUUUUGGAAGAGAUACAUGGUGGAGGGAAUCCCUUAGGCCCACCCCAAUACCAGGCUGCUACCCAGUCCGGGAUUUUCUUGAGGAUGCUCAGCUGAACCCAGUGAAACGGACAUACAAUUUUAAAGGAGAGGGCCGGAAGAGGAUCUCCAUCUUUCAGCAGAUGACUGACAUGACCCUACCAGGCAGCUACAAAUACAGCCCUCCUUCGUUUGUGGAGCUGGCUGAGAAAAGGCCCGCGACAUAUUCCUUCAGGAGCACCUCAAGGGGGACGCACACGAGCGCCUCCUAUAGAGAUAAGGAUAUUAACACGGACCCUGGGCAGUAUGAUCUUUUCCCGCGUCCUGUGCCCACUUUUCCAACCAAGAAUUAUAUGUUUCGAUCUGCAGUUCAACGGCUUAACACUUUUGGUCCGAAAGAAGGCCCAGGCCCGGGCACAUAUAACAUAAAAGAAGUCUUGCCUACGCCUAUUCGGUCAUGCUUCCUGUCCAAAGUACCACGGUUGCUGCCAUCCCAUUCUAAAAUUCCUGGCCCAGGGAGUUACUGGCCUACAAUCCAGUCUCCAAAACAACCAAGAACCAUUGAGAGUCUGGGAAAGGAGCACACCAUCUUCUUCAGCAAUACCCCAGAGCUUUAGAAAACAAGAGCGGUGCAGUACAUGAAAUUCAGGGGCACUGAUUCUGAAAGACCACUCCUUCUUCUACCUCAUCCAUAUCCCAUUCCUCACCAGGACCAAUCUGCCCACUUUUAUUCCUUUGGCUUUCAGUGGGCCCACAGUGCCAACACCAUUGAUGCCAUUUU